AUGGACUACAGACGGUUUCUGAACGGCAUCGGGAUGCGGAGACAGUCUGGAUCUUAUUUGACGGGUCUUCUGGAAAGCGUUCAAGAUAUCCCUGAUAUGAUAUCACUAGCUGGAGGCCUGCCCAACCCCUCCUUGUUUCCCAUCCUGUCUGGAACUUUUAAACUGAAAGAUGGCGAGGAGGUUUACUUGGACGAAAAUACAAUGACGGAGGUCCAGCAAUACAGCAGCUCUCAAGGCUACCCUCCAUUCCGUCAAUGGUGUGAACGUUUUAUUAAAUCCUACCAUGAUCCACCCUGCUGGGAAAAUGCGGAUGAAUCAAAAACUAAAAUAAUGGUGACAAGCGGUGCCGCAGAAGCGUACACGAAAGUCCUUGAAAUGUGUGUGAAAGAGGGAGACAAGGUCCUGGUAGAAAUUCCGACGUUCUCCAGCGCCAUAGAUAAUCUCCUCACGCUCGGUGCUGAGCCGCUAGGGGUUCAAGGAGACGACCAUGGCAUGAUUCCCGGCGAGCUGCGAAGUGUCAUGUCAAAAUGGAAACCCGAGGACGCAGACAAUCCUCAUUCUGACGUCCCUAAACUGAUUUUGGAGACCGUCUGGAGCCAAGUUUUCUUUCCAUCGAUACAGAUGGCAGGGUGCUGA